AUGAAGUACCCCACUCACAAGGCCUUUUUUUUAUUUCCUGUUAAUUUUUAUUCUUUUCUUUCUUUUUAUCUCUAUUUUUCUGCUCUUUCUUUUGUUUUUUCAACGUUUCUCAUACCUCUUCUUUCUUUAGUAUUCUCUCCUUUCUCUUCUCUUCUUUGUAUCUAUUCCAUUAUUUCUCUUCUCUUCUAUUUUUUACUCUUUCUUCUUUUCCUUUUCCUCCAUAAUUUUCUCUUCUUUUGGCUUUCUUUUGUUUCCUCAAAUAUAUUCUCUUUCUUUUCUUUCCUUUUCUCGUUUAUAUUUGUUUCUUCUUUCACUUCAGUUUUUUCCAUUCUUCUUUUUUUCCGUACCUUUUCUUUCUUUUAUUAUUUCCUAUUCUUUCUCUUUUCUUCUCUUCUCUUUAACUCACGCCUAUUGUCUUUCCUUUUCUCGUUUCUAUUUAUCUCUUCUUUCACUUAUAUUAUUUCCCCAAACUUUCUUUCCUUCUCUUCCCCGCUCUCCUCUUCCUUUUCCCCUAUCAUUUAUCUACUUUCCCUCUCUUUCAUUUCCUUACAUCUAUUUUCUUCUUCUUUCUCGUUUCUAUUUUUUCUUCUUCUACCUCUAUUCUUUUUCCAUUAUCCAAUUUCUUCACUCUCUCCUCUUCUCUUCCUCCUAUUAUUUUCUCUCCCUUUCUCUAUUCGUUUUCGUCUCUUCUCCACUCGGCUUUGCACGACAAAUAGCAGGUUUCUAACUAUCUGGUCAUAUCUAUCUAUCUAUCUAUCUAUCUAUCAGUCUGGUCAUAUCUAUCUAACAUCUCUUCGUAUUUAUCUAUCUAUCUAUCUAUCUCACAGUCUCUUCAUAUCUAUCUAUCAAUCUAUCUAUUUGUCUCUUCAUACCUAUCUAUCUCACAGUCUCUUCAUAUCUAUAUAUCUCACAGUCUCUUAUCUAUCUCGCAGUCUCUUCAUAUCUAUCUAUCUAUCUAUCUAUCUAUGUCUUUGA